UCAGCCCUGCGUAGGGUAUCUGCGUGCCUUGGAAGUUCUUAGUCAGAUGUAGAAAUCUCGCGGCCUAAACUAAGUAAUCAGGAUCCAUGUAACCGUAACCUUUUCCAGACAUCCAUCAUCAUCAUAUAGACAAUAGCUAAGCAUCUUAUAUGCUAUCAGAGUCCCAAUAGGCAGCAGCAUAUUCGCUCCCUUGCUUUAUCAAUCUAGCCUUAUCUUCCUCCCCUCCCUCCUUCUACUAGAUACUUUGUAUGAAUGAACAUCAACCUAACCUAUCCAACCCACAACAAUGACCUCAAUAUCAACAUCCACCCUCCCCACCAUCACCCGCUCCACCUUCAUCAACAGCACUUUCAACGAGCUCACCCCAUCCGACACCAUCACCCGCAGCGACCUCCGCGACGUAACCAUCACCUGCUCCGGCAGUGCCAAAACCCCCACCAGCCUCCUCCGCUCCGCCCUAACAUCCUGUAUCGUCAAGCACUCAACCACUUACCGCUCCAAGCUAAACCACACCACCCUCACUAACGCCAUUGUCUCCCGCACCGAAGCCACGCAUACCUCCUUCGACACCUACAGCUACUCGCACCGGAGCACCCUUUCCAACGCGGUUCUCCGCGAUCGCGCCUCUGUCAAGCGCAGCAAGGUGAAAGAUGCUAGUUUGCUGGGUGGGAGUUCUCUCUGGCGGAGUAAUGUGUCCAGGUGCAUGAUUGCGGAUGAGUGUCGGGUGCAGCGGUGCAAAUUGGUGAAUUGUGAAGUGAUGUGUUGUGUGCUGGUGAAGACGGAUCUGGAGGGGAUGGUGGUUAGGAAUGGGGUUUGGAAGGAUGGGGUGUUGGUGGGGAGGGUUAGGGAGGGGGAGGAGGUGGUGGUGUUGAAGAAGGGGGGUGAGGGGGUAAGUAUUUUAUUUCUCAUCUUCUCGUCAUAUUGCAUUCUGGUUUGGAGGGUUUGGCUGAUUGCUGAUAUGCAGAAGAUGCAGAUUCCUGUUAAUGAGAAGAAGUUGGAUAGCAAGGAUGUGAAGUAUUGGUUGGAGGAGGAGAGUUCGGACGAAGAGGGGGUGAGGGCGAUGUCGCCGCCGCCGGCGUAUACGGCGUAGAGGUUGACGUUGGAAGCCCAUAUUGUGGUAGUUCGUUGUAUAUAGCACUGUUUCAUGGGUUCUACUGGUAAAUUUUACGCUCUUUGAAGUCUUGCUGGCAUAAUAUUGCAACGGAGUGCUAGACCGGUUGGUGUACAACGAUCGCUCCAGGCAGUUGGCGAGAAAACACCAUUCCCCAGGUGGGUCUAGGAUCUAUGGAUCAUGUUGCCAUAGUCAGGCA